AAAAAUCGACAAAAUCAGUGAAAAAUCGUGAAAACUGAACUGAAGUGUCAAUGUCAAGUUCUCGGUCACACCGCAAAAACACUUCAACUCUAGGUACACCUGCCGUAUCAGCAGCGAAUCAGACCGUAAAAAAUCCGAAUCUGAAGAAAAAUGAGCCAAAAAGCGACAAUGAGCCACCGAAAACGCUGGUUUCAAUGGAACCUGAUUUUUAUGACCCUCGGGGAGCGUGUCAUAUGAUUUAUUGGACGGAUUGCAUUGCACAAAUGGCUGUUGAUAUUCGAGAGCGUCAAAACGCCGCAAAUCAGAGUGAUUUCGAUUUUAUGAAGCCAAAACUUGUUGAAUACGUUUUCACAGUUUGCGUCAGGUUACGGCUGCCCAAUGAGGUUCGAUUCACCGCCGCGUUGAUCUUAAAUUCUUUCAUGCUCCGCCACCUGUGCUCUCUGCACGAUUUCAUGGAACGACAAGAAAUGUCGAUUCAACGGAAGAAAAGAGAAUGGGAAAAUCUUGAAUCGAAUAUGGAACGACAGAUUCCGUUGAGAAUUCUAACUGCAAUUCAGAUUAGCAGCAAAUUUCACAGUUAUCAUGAUAGUCUAUCGUCUCGUCAAGUUGUGAAUACUCUACGAAAAAUCGGCCUACCGUACACAAUAUCCGCUGUUUUGGAAUCGGAGCAACGCGUUUUUAAGCUCAUCGGAUUCAAAAUGCCUGACAGUCCACUAGAUGCAUGUGAAAUGGCUCUAAAAGUGCUCACAUUUACAAUGAAAAAGCGUGGAAUGAUUGACGAGGAGAAAUAUAAUGAUCUAUGGCAACAUACAUUAAUUGUAUUAGAUGUCUGUUUUAUUAAUCAUAUCGAAUUAUACGAACGAUUUAUUCGAAAGUGUCCGGCGAUUUGUAGAACGGAGGAAAGAUUAAACAUCUCAAAAUUCAAAUGGGAUAUCCAAUUGCUCGCCGCCGCAACCGUCCAAACUGCUUACAUUCUACUUCUCGGCACUUCUCAAAUUGCCAAUGUUUCAGUGAUAAUCAAUAAUUUAUUGAGAUGUGACAAUGCUUAUGUCGAACCAUUAAAGCAAUCGAUUAUAGAGCUCGCCUGCGCGAAAAAGAAUGAGAGUAUUCCGGAAUGCAGCACCUCCUCGUAACUACCAUCUCUGACAGCACCUCUUUGUCGCCGAUUCCACUGGUCGCGGCUCGUUCACUGCAACAAAUUAUUGAUUUUUAUUGUCAUGUACCAUAUUGAAUGCAUAAUGUUUAAUUUAAUAAAUUUGGAUUUAGUUUU